GAACCUCGGCGAGUAUCAGUGAGCCGCCACUGAUAUAGGUCUGCUCUCCUGGUUCUUCUACAGAGCCAGGCGAAAGGGCAGAUCUGAAAGUUUUCGAUCUGGCAGACAAUCCCCCCUCCUACACACCCUCCUCCGCCGCUCCCGACCACCCCGACCCUCCUAUCCCCCUCGAUCCUACACCGUCACACCGUCAAGCCACUUCCGCUACGGGCGGCCCCUCUUCGUCAUCCCUCCAAAGAUCGGCAGUCGGCAAUCGUUACGGUACAGCAGGCGCUCUUGGAAACUCGUCUGCUCGUCGACGUCGUCGCAGUAGCACACCCGAUACGCCCGGACGUACUACCGAGGGGUCUGGAGGUUUCGCGGAGGAUCGUACGGCAAGCGAGGCCGGGUCUCAGGCAUCCAGCAGGAUUCAAUCACGCGCCCCAUCCGAGGGCUACGAACCAUACCCCAAGCGCAGGCGCCUGGCAAAUAUGCGGCCAGAUGGUAUCUCCAAUACGAACGGCUCCUCUCAUGCGUUAAAUGGCUCGGCGGCGUCUCCGUCCCAGAAGGCGGCUUUCUCCCACACCCUGAACGGUCAAGGCGCUUUUGCCGCAUCCAACAGAGGCAUACGUACAAACGGAUCGCAAAAGGCGUCAGUCAGCCCUCCUUCAUAUUUUGGCCAUGACCGAGAAGAAGUUACUCGGAUCCUCAUUCAAAGCCUAUUUGAGCUUGGAUAUGAUGGGGCGGCGACAUUGUUGAGCAAGGAGAGUGGGUAUCAGCUGGAGAGCCCAGCCGUUGCUACAUUUCGGAAUGCAGUGUUGGAGGGACGGUGGACGGAGGCGGAGCAUAUACUGGUGCAGUCAUUCUAUCCAGAUGGGGUUGGUCGGGGAGGCAACAGCGCCGACCAAGCAACGAAUAAGGAGAAACUGGUAUUGGUGGAUCAUGCUCAGAAGAACGAAAUGCUCUUCUAUCUACGUCAGCAGAAAUUCCUCGAGUUGUUGGAAGCUCGCGAUUUGGCGGCGGCCUUGAUCGUUCUGCGGCAUGAAUUAACGCCGCUGAAUUAUGACAUAGGCCGGUUGCAUGCUCUGUCCAGUCUUCUCAUGUGCCCACCAGAGCACCUCCAUGACCAGGCCGGUUGGGAUGGUCCCAUCAGCUCCUCUCGUGAGCGUCUGCUAUCAGAGCUAUCGAGAUCAAUAUCACCCUCUGUGAUGAUCCCCGAUAAUCGCCUGGCGAUUCUGCUAGAUCACGUCAAGCACAAUCAAAUCAACCAAUGCCUAUAUCAUAAUACUGCAUCUCCUCCCUCAUUAUAUUCAGACCACAUGUGUGAUCGCAAGGACUUCCCCCUGCGGACAAGCAUCGAGCUAAGUCAACAUUCCGACGAGGUUUGGUGGUGCCAAUUUUCAAAUGACGGGACGAAAUUGGUCACGGCAAGCAAGGACCAGAGCGUGAUCAUCUACGACACCAGCACCUUUGCUGUACUGCAAAGGUUAUUGGGCCAUGACGACGGUGUUGCGCAGUGUUCGUGGAGCCCAGAUGAUUCGAAGAUCAUCACUUGUUCGCAAGACAAGACAGCCCGUGUUUGGAGUGUUGAGACUGGUCGUUGCCUUCUGACCAUCAAUCAACACCGUCAUCCUGUGACAGCUGCGGCGUGGGCUCCUGAUGGAGAGUCCUUUGUGACGGGCGCUCUUGACGUAAACGCGCAGCUGUGUCACUGGGGCAUGCGUGGACAGACUCUGUACGUGUGGCCUGACGGCUUCCGCGUGCAAGACUGUGCCAUCACGCCCGACGGGCGGCGCCUCAUCGCCGCGGAUUUGGAUCAGAAAGUCCACGUUUAUAACUUUGCUACUCGCGAGGAAGAGUACUGCCUCGCCCUUAAAAGCAAACCAACCUCGGUCGCUGUCAGCAGGGAUUCGCGCCAUAUGCUUAUAAACUCUGCCGAUGGUCAGAUACAACUCGUUGACAUCAACUCAACCGACGUAGUACGGCGUUUUUCAGGGCAAAAGCAGGGCCAUUUUGUCAUUCGCAGUGUCUUCGGUGGAGCCGCUGAGAACUUCAUUGUCAGCGGAAGUGAAGAUUCACGGGUUUACAUCUUCCACAAAGAAGCUGGGACGCUUGUGGAAGCCUUGGAAGGGCAUAUACGAGGAUGCGUCAAUUCGAUGUCCUGGAAUCCUAGAGACCCCGGAAUGUUUGCUUCCGCCGGGGAUGACUGCUUAGUUAGGAUUUGGACACGUGAACGCGAUGUAAGACCUAGCGUAGCAGCGGGCAAGCACAGGGCCGUGCCGUCGGGUGGCUUCACUCGCACCAGCGCCCUACGGUCCACAUCAAGUUUUAACUGAACCAACCCCUUUCAUAGGAGCAGGCAGUCAUACAUCAUUUCUUACAAUUGGAGGCUCUCUGACCCCUCAAGCCAAAGUACCCUCCUCUCCUCCCCUCUCUUAUCCUCCCCACC